AUGUCGGACAGACAUGGACCAUAUGCACUCGCACGCUCGAGGGCGGGAUCGGAAUCCUACCUGGACCCUUCUGGACGUAGUGGUCGCAGUGGCACCGACAAGUCAGACAAGUCAGACUAUGACGACAGCGGCCGCGGUAACGGCUAUGAUAUCCCCUACCUGUUUAACAUCCUCCUCAUCGCCUUUUCGAGCGUCCCCACGGCCAUUUUUCUUACGUGGAUCCUCUCCUGGAGCAUCGUCAUCCUUUACCUGUGCACGUUUGGGUUCGCGAUAGGAGUCGCGUGUGUGACAGGUCUAUCCAUAUUCAUCUACGGACCCGUCCUCUGCCUCUGUGUCAUCUCCGCCUUUGGAUGCUCAUUCGUCUACAACGUCGCUUUGUUUGGCUGGGAGACCACCCGGAGGGCCUGGUACACUGUCCGUCGCGUCCUGUACAAUCUCUUGGCUGGACCGGCAUUUUCAUCCAAUGGUGGGAUACGGGGAGGUGUGGCGCAGGAGGAUUCAAUGGGAUGGUUUUCGUGGCUCCUUGGGCCGGGGGAUAUGUCCGAUGGACGGGAUGAGGGGAUGGUUGGGUGGGGUACUCUGGGUGUGCCGGCUAAGGACCCUGAAUGGGGCGCACAGCCGUUGGAGGAAAAGUUUGAGACGCGUCAGGCUACUUCUUCUGGCGCCUUGCUUCCGGGACUUGGUGCGGGAGGGGGAGGGGGAAGUGCAAGGGGAAGGUUCCCGCCGGCGAUGCCUGGGACCGGGACUAGUGGUGCUUUGGCGUCGGCUGGCGGUGGGAUGGCGGGACAUGGAGGACGGAAAGGCAGUGUCCGUGGCGAGGAAGUGAUGCAGCCUUACCACGUUCGCGGGAUGUGA